AUGACUGGAGCUCGACGGUCUCGCUUUGGCCAGUGGGCCGGCGUCAGUGAAGGAAGUGGCGACAGUGUGCCUCAAGAGGCAGUCACGAAGGAAGUUCCAGUGAAGAGGCCACAGCCCAGAACAAAGCCACCAAGACAGGACAGCAGCAGAAACACAUCUUUGAAUCCAAGAUGGAUCCGCGUCGUCUUUCAACCGCGGGUUGCAGUCCGAAAAUCCCCGAGCCUGACAGCUCCGACUGUCACGUUCCUUGAUGCUGGGGAGGUGGUUGAGAUAGUGGAAGUCAAAUCAGGAUGGGUGAGGCUUGCAGAGGAAGAGAAGGAUGAUCGCGAUGUGUCAGAGGAUUGCGAUGCCUGGGUGCUUCAAGAUGGCAAAGAGGUGAGUUUGGGCGUUCUGUGUGAAGAUUGGGAACCGCGCUGGUUUUGCGUAGUAUACGAGCCGCAGGUGGCCGUGCGCAAGAAGCCUUCCUUGCAGGCCCACCCAGUGGCCUUUCUCAAAACGGGCGAGAUCAUUCAGGCUGCAGAAGUCAGCGAGGGCUGGAUCAGGUUGUCAGACGAGGACCGCCGGCGGCUGGAUGUGUCAGAAGACUGUGGUGCUUGGGUCCUGAUCAACGGUCACGCCAAGGGCCUGGGGCGUCUGCUUGCCGCCUCACCUCCGCCUCCAGAGCAGCUGCGGCCCUUGGAGGAAGCCUAG